CUUCUCGGUGAAACAACGUUAUAUUAUAUCUAGCGAUAUUUUGUGAUAUAUAAAGCGAAUGUAUUAUACCAUACAUUAUGGGAAAACGUUCCUGGGAGUGCCAAUAUUACACAGAAAACAAUAAUGUUAAAAUAUGCAUUAUUUGUGCAUAUAGCUUUUAUAAAAACGAGCCAAUAGUAAAUUUACGGAACCAUAUAAUCUCUUCUCAUCCAACCGCGGAAGGAGUACAAGAAAUAAUACAAAAUAAACAACAAAAGACAACUGUACAAGAGACAUCAGACAAAUUAAUACUCAGGGAGAAUCAUUGCGAGAUCGAGCGACGGCGGCGGAACAAGAUGACCGCCUACAUUACGGAGCUCUCCGACAUGGUGCCGACCUGUUCAGCCCUGGCCCGGAAGCCCGACAAACUCACGAUCCUGAGGAUGGCGGUGGCGCACAUGAAAGCUCUCAGAGGCACUGGAAAUACUUCAAAUGACAACACCUAUAAACCGUCCUUCCUCACGGAUCAGGAGUUGAAGCACUUGAUUCUCGAAGCGGCAGAUGGCUUCCUGUUUGUUGUGAGCUGUGACACGGGCAGAAUCAUCUAUGUGUCCGAUUCGGUAGCGCCGGUAUUGAACUACACACAGAGCGAUUGGUUCGGCACCAGCCUAUAUUCGCAAGUUCAUCCUGACGAUACCGAGAAAGUUCGGGAGCAGCUCAGUGCGGCAGAGCCACAGCAUGGUGGUCGAGUAUUAGACCUCAAGACCGGAACGGUUAAAAAGGAAGGUCAAUCCUCGAUGCGACUGUGUAUGGGCUCAAGAAGAGGCUUCAUCUGUCGCAUGAAAGUCGGAAAUCUGCAGACCUCGGGUGACAUGGCAGCGGCACACGGGCUACAUCGUAUGAAGCAAAGGAACUCUCUGGGACCUCCAGCGCGAGAUGGCCAGAACUACGCGGUAGUGCAUUGUACCGGAUACAUCAAGAAUUGGCCACCCACCGGUGAUUUUGUUCCCCCAUGUGUACCAACUAUGGGUCUAGGUGACAGAGGUCCCGGGGGCAUUCAAACUGGUCCAGACGGUGUAGUUACGGAUGAAAAUGCCUCCACGCAUUGCUGCCUUGUCGCCAUUGGGCGAUUACAGGUCACUAGCACACCAAAUAGUAGCGACUUAGCAGGUUCUAAUAGCAAUAGUGAAUUUAUAUCACGUCAUUCUGCAGAAGGUAAAUUUACUUUCGUGGAUCAAAGAGUUGGCGGAAUUUUGGGUUAUACUCCAUCAGAACUUUUAGGUCAUCCUUGCUACGAAUUUUUCCAUCCGGAAGAUCUGACACAUAUGCGAGAGAGCUUUGAACAAGUGUUGAAGUUGAAAGGACAAGUCGUGUCUGUAAUGUACAGAUUUCGGGCUAAAAAUCGUGAUUGGGUGUGGUUGAGGACGUCGGCGUUUGCGUUUUUAAAUCCAUUCAACGAAGACAUCGAAUAUAUCGUCUGCACAAACACUCAUGCAAAGUCAUUUCAUCCUAGUAGCGACGGUCAAACGGAAAGCGAAGCUGUACCUGCAUAUGGACAACCUGGUCUAGAUUAUUCUCUUCAAAGACAUCCUACCAGGGAUCCGUUGUACUCUGCACAUCACAUGAUGCAGCAUCCAGCUGCUGUAGCUACAGCCAGUCCGCAACAACCGAGGCCGUCCAGCACACAGAACGUAUACCAGAGCUACGAGACUACGCAGUCGCCGAUAGCUUAUGGAUCACCUGGACAACAAAGCGCGUCUUCGUCGGUCUUAAGUAGGAUUCAGAAGCCGGCUAAUACAUCUCCAACUCCGCAACCAUGGGCAAUUGGAAGACAGCAACCUGUAACGGAAGGUUACCAAUACAGUCAAUUAAGUCCAUCGAGAUCACCGAGCGGGCCGACGUAUACUCAGCUUAGUAGCGGUGCGAGAACACCAGCUACACAGCAAUAUCAUGCAGUCACAACAGUGCCUAAUAAUCCUGGUAUGUGGGGUUGGCAAAGUCAACAACAUCAAACGCAGCAACCAGACGGACAAACCGGCGCUCAGGUGUCCGCACAAGCGCAACCACCGCAUCCUGGACAGGCGGGGCCUGGUACACAGCCGCAAGAGCUAUCUGACAUGUUGCAGAUGUUGCAAGAUCAAGGUGGCUCGUCCGGCUUCGAAGAACUGAAUAUGUUCAACACUAACUUCGAGUAGCAACGAGAAAGGCGAUACGCCUCUGAGAAGCAGCUUCUACUUUAGAGGAAUUCUCUCUCCUCGAAGCUUUCUCCGGCUGUUCGAUAUCACUUCGGGGAUUUUGAUCUUGGGCAUCGCAAUCCGCACUUUUACAUCAGCAUCCGGAGGAUCAGCAUCGUUCAUGGAGAAAGAAGAAACGCGAUUUAACAAUUUAGCACCGCAUAUAUAGACUCUGCAAAAACGAUCGCACUGGGAUUAGGACAGCCUAGUCUACUGGAUUAUUUACAUAUUAUACAUCGUAUUAUAAUGAGAUUUCUGAUUCAUUGUCAUGGGUAUCAGAUGCUGUCGUCAUACGUUUCGAUUGUUUGAAAUAAUUAUCCAAACAAACAUGGUUUUC